UUGGUGGUAACGAAUAGAGAGAAAGAGAGCACAUGUUCCUCUACCCAUUACAUAGUCAGGAACUAUAUCCUCAAAUUCCCAAGGAACACUGGUCACAGACUUGAGCAGUGGAUUCCCUCUCUGGAAAUUAAUACCUUGUUUUAGUUUUGACAACAUCCUAAAUACAAACUACUUUUGACUCCAACGAAUGAUGUUGAAUUUGAAAAGCAAUUAACGCACCUGUUUUGGGCUGACAAGAAUGGCAUUCAGAUUUGGAGCUCCUUUGGCCUUUAAUGGACCUGCAGCGUUCUGUUGAGCUGAAUCCAUGCUAGCUGAUUCCAAUGGUUUUACUUUACUGGAAGCUGCUUGUCAGAAAAAGCAAAAUGAUGACUAGGCUACUUUUCACACAUAAUGGUCACAGAGAUGUUCUACAAAUAAACUGCAAUCGAAUCUUCAUAGAAAUCUUAUCAAGAAAACCUUUAAAAAUUGCACUGGUCAAGUUCAUGUUCAGGCUUGAACAUAUUUGAAAAUCAGUUGAUCCGAUCAGAAGAGAGAAAUUUCACGAUGAGAAGUCCAAUCACAGAUAACAAUCAUGUUCCGAGCUCGAGAUUAAUCUCGGAAGAUACUAUAUUGACAACUGAGGUCAGGCAAUGAUUCAUUUUCUAUUCAAGUACGGAAUAGAAAACUCAAAUGGCUGGAAACUAGAAAGUAAACAUUGUCAGCUGACUCAAUGCCCAAAAAGAUUCCAGAAAUGCGAUUGUUCCAAGAAUUUCAAAGUAGAUUCUGGCAGUUCUGCCCAGCUAUGGACCGUAGCAAAGAUAAGGAGAAAGAAGAUGAGAAAGUAGACUACAAGCCAGUAAAAUACACCUCUCUCAAAGAAAUGGGAUUAAUCGACCCAGAUGAACGGCUAAAAGCCCUAGCAGACUAUGGAACCGCAAUAGACAUAGAUCACAAUAUACCACCCCGGAGGUACUACCGUUCUGGAGUUGAAAUGGUUAGGAUGGCAAACGUAUAUAUGGAAGAAGGCAGCUUGGAAAAUGCCUACAUUUUAUACAUGAAAUUCAUGACAAUAUUCUUAGAAAGAAUAAACAAACAUCCGCAAUACAACACGGUAUCACUGAAAGAUAGGGCAAUGAACCAACAAAAAUUACGAGAGAUUCUCCCAAAAGCUGAAUCGCUGAAAAGUCAACUACUCGCCCAGUAUAAAACUGAGCAGGCUAGAUAUUUGGCAGAUGCAAAGAAACGAGAAAAGAUUGAACUCGAACGACUGAAACAAGAGGAAGAGCAGAGGCUGAAGGAUGAGGAGAAUAUGAGGAAUAAGUCAGCAGUAAGGGCAGCGGCAAGAAAUGCUAAUGUUAUCCCAAGUGCAGAUUCAUCUGCGUCAAACUCUGACAUCAAAAAAUCUGUGACAGAUAUUAGACCUAUCUCUCCAAUAAGAGAUCGGAAACCUGACAAAACUAAUAUCAGAGAAACACCAGAGAUAGAUCGUUCGACUAAACCACAACUACUGGAUGGACAUGAAUUGAGGGAUGUAGUGCUGCCCAACAAAACAAUGACUGAUUUUUUGUUGUUGGCCUUUCGCAACACAACACAAAACAAGGAAACUUGCGGCGUACUAGCAGGCAGACUGGAACGCAACAAGCUGCUCGUCACGCAUCUGUUGGUCCCUCAACAAACGGGUUCUCCGGAUUCAUGCACAACGCAUAACGAGGAAGACUUAUUCGACUAUCAGGACCAACACAAUCUGAUUACCCUUGGAUGGAUUCAUACUCAUCCUACACAGACAGCUUUUUUAUCCAGCGUAGACCUUCAUACUCACUGUGCCUAUCAAUUGAUGAUGCCCGAAGCCAUAGCUGUCGUGUGUGCCCCAAAGUAUCAAGACACCGGAUUCUACACCUUGACACCAGAUUACGGACUAGAUUUUAUAGCCAAUUGCAGAACGUCGGGUUUUCAUCCACAUCCGACACAACCACCUCUAUACACGGUAUCUUAAAUUGAAUUUAGCAGAUUCUAUGCAUACGCUAUGUGAACGGCCAACCAUUGUAAACUGGAUUCCACCACAGCCAUACAAAUAGUAGAUUUGCGGAAAUAGAAGUGUGUGUUUGAUACUCUGCCUCUGAUCAGCUAACUCGACUUGAUUUGGCGCUGGCUCGAGUAGAUUGAAUCAUGUGAACGCAAUCUAAACACUUUAAUUUGGUAUAAAAAAAAGGCUAGAUAAUUCCAUUUAAGCAAACUAUAACCAUGGACCACUCCAAUAUCACUGAAUAGCACAUGUGAACUGCUGUUGUAAGAUAGUAUCAAUUUACAAUCACGUAUAAAUUGUUUACCCCACCUAAUUAUCCCAAAACUUAUGCGAAUUAAUCUGAAACAUGUCAGCAUUCGAAAUUCAAAUAUUUUAUCAGCUCACUUGGAAAAUAAUCGAAUAGUUGAUGCAACCAAAUUCAGAAUAGGAACCUCAAUCAAAUGUGUUAUUACUUUGAAUAAUUGCAUUAUUGAGAAUGUGAUCAUAUCGUGUGAUCAUAUGUGUGAAAAAAUUGUUAAAAUAAAAAAAAAAUAAAAAAAAUACUCGGGAACCCGAAAACUGA